AUGGCGUAUACAGACGACGCCGUCAAGGCGAAGCUGUCAGCCUUGAAUGAGACCCAAGAGAGCAUAGUCACUGUAGCUCAAUGGGUCAUGUUCCAUAGGAGACACGCAGAUCGCACCGGUACUCUAUGGCUUCAGCGGCUAAAGGACUCCGGCUCCAACAAACGACUCAACUUGGUCUACCUUGCGAAUGAGGUCGCGCAGCAAUCCAAGGCUAGGAGGAAGGAUGAUUUCCUCAUCGCAUUCUCUCCAAUCAUCGCCGAAGCUACAGCCAUUGCGUACAAAGGAGCUACAAAUGAAGUUCAACAGAAACUACGACGAGUGGUUGAGGUGUGGAGGCAGCGACAGAUAUUCGAACCCACCAUACAAGAAGCUAUCGAAGCUCGCAUAGACGAACUCGACAAAACACGCUCCUCAAGCAAGAAGCCUCUGCUCGGUGGAUCUCUCUUCUCUGGCUCAUCUGGCCCCUCAGCGCCCUCAGAGAUCGAACCUCUCGUCCCCUUACAAAUCGCCGUCUCCAAAGCAGCAGCCACAACCCUUAGCGCUGUGCCCACAGCCGAUUCUGAAUACGACAAGCUCACUGACCAAAGCAAGCCCACACCCACCCCCCCAGUCCAUGCAGCUCGGCUCAGCGCUCUACUGAAGAACCUCGCCAACGCUGAGGGAGCUGUCUCUGAGAGCAUCAAGGCUCGUCGCCGCCUCAUAGCUGGACUGGAGAGCAUCAUUGAGACCAACCACGCCGCUUUAGUCAGCGAGGAAGCUCAGAAAGAGACGCUGAUGACUCGCAAGUAUGUUAUUGAGGCCAAGAAGCGGGAUGUUGAAGAUGGCAUUAUGCGCGGUCUUUCUGCGCCGUCGACGCCCGUAGUAGCGCAUGGCAGUCCGAUCUCCGAUCCAAGAACGAACGGCAGAGUCAUGUCGCCCAACGACAACGCGUCCGUCGAACCAGAGCGUCCAGAUGUCGAGGAGCUCACCCCUCCGCCGCCGGAAUCACGCACGCCAGCCGGUUCUCCUGUCACUGCUACUCCAGCAGCUCUGCUCACUCACGUCCAGCCAACUCCAUCCCCCCACCAUGCACCAAUUGCACCCCCAACAGCAGGAGCGGAUCUGCUGUCCAGUCUUUCCAUGCCGCCAGUCCGUCACUACCCGGGCACACCAGGCAGUGCUGGCGGCGGUAUGGCGAAGAAGCGGAAAGUGGAUGAUGAUUACCCGGAUUUUGGAAGCGGGGAGGAUGCCAUGGCUGACUUGGAUGACGACGUUGCGGAGUUGUUGAGGGCUGAGAGCGGUAGGGCGCGCUGA